CCUAUUUAUAUAACCUGUUGUUCUGUUCUUUUACCCAAAUUGGGUGUUAAAAAAAUGUCUGGUUUCAAGAAAACUACAAACCCUCUUCGUUCUUCGAGUUCAUAUAAUUCCCUUUAUGAUAAUCCUUUAAAUGAGCUCGGACAAAACCGGAGUAGUAGCAAUGGCAGCAGUACGGUUGGAGAAGCAUUGGGUGUUCAUUUGCUUCAGAACCAACUUGUUAUAUCUGAUAAUAAAGAGAAUGCUGCACCAGAUAAAGCUGAAAAAUCCAAUCUUUGUGAUAAAGAAAAUGUUUUACGGUAUGAUUGGACUAGUAAGGUUGUGAAUAAUGAGUUUACAUCAGCUCCGAGGGUUGGGGCUGAUGUGAAAGACUCUGUGCUGAGGCCAUCUUCGCUUCAGCUAUGUAUACAAAAACAUGAACCAGAUUCUAAAAUUGGGUUGAAAAUUUGGGAGCAUGCGGAUACUGAGACGCCGAAUUCUGCUAAUAUUUGGGAUUAUUCGGAUUCUGAAGCUGCUCCAGCUUCUUCUUGGUCUACACUUCCUAAUAGGUCAUUGUUGUAUAGGCCUUUGCCUAUAGACAUUGGAAGAUGUACUUGUGUGAUAGUGAAAGAAGCAUCUCCAGAAAGCAGGGAUGGAGGGAGUUUUUACUCACUGUAUACAAAUGAGGGGCAGGGGCGUCAGAAUCGGAAACUUGCCAUAGCCCAUCACAGAAGGCGUAAUGGGAAAUCUGAGUUUGUAGUUGCUCAAAAUACAAAGGGAAUAUGGGGAAAAUCUGAUGACAGUUUGAUUGGACAUGUAACAGCUAAUCUUCUGGGAUCAAAAUACCAGAUAUGGGAUCAGGCCCGUCCUAAUUCCACAACCAAACAAUCAAAAUUGUUGGGCGCUGUAACGUUCAUGCCUACCAUCGCGACCUGGACUGGAAGCUACAGAAGGAUAAAAGCAUGCAUACCAAAACACCAGUCCAUGCAGUUAAAAUGUACAGCUCAGCACAUCAAUGGACUACCCGCGGACUGGGAGGAGCAUAUGGACAAAGUAAAUCAGUUGUUUUCGAAAAUUCCUCAUUACAAUAAGGUCUCAAGACAGUAUGAGUUAGAUUUUAGAGAUAGAGGAAGGGCAGGACUCCGAAUCCAGAGCUCAGUUAAGAAUUUUCAGCUGACUAUGGAGAAAAAUGGAAGGCAAACAAUUCUACAACUUGGUAGAGUGGGGAAAGCUAAGUAUGUGAUGGACUACAGGUACCCGUUGACAGGUUAUCAAGCGUUUUGCAUAUGUUUGGCUUCUAUUGAUUCAAAGUUGUGUUGCACACUGUAAACGGGGAAUCUCCAGCGCCUUAAUUUUGUUGUUCAACCUCUGAACAGCAAAGUCACUUAUC